GGAGCUUGAGAAAGAACUACUAUCAACUCAAACAUUCCCCGAACCCUCUCAUACAGCAAUGCUACCAGAAUAAGAUAGCUGUGCAACAAAUAAAAUUGCUUUAACGAAACGCAACCACUCCGCCAGAGAGAUGCUUGGUGGAAUGGAUGUUCCAGUACGAUUCCACAAGAGAGGCUCCUGCUUUUAUGUGUCAGUAUCACACUGGAGGUUCGAUCUAAAUCGACAGACAAUUUCGGUGGAAGAGGGUGAUACCGUACGAGUGCAGUUCCACAUCUCUCAUCCUAUGUGCAACGACUGCUAUGCUACAAAGAGCCUACCAACAGAUCCUGCAAGCAGGCUUAAAAUUAGCAUUGAAGGCGUAAGCGCUAGGGGCCAGCCAUUCUUAGUAUGGCUGCGGAACACCGGCGAGAUGGUGGUUUUUAGGAUGAACACUCUGGUGGACAUGUUGGAGAACCUCGAUAUACACGAUCCUUCACACCGUACGAGGAGAUAGAUUCCCCACUCAGCGUGGACACAUCGGCGAGCGUCUUAUACAACGGAUGUGCUGGAGAUGUUAGCAAAAAGGCGCGGACAGGCUAAGAACAACGAGACUGAUGAAGACGAAGAUGCUUAAACA